UUUCUUAUCUUUUCAUAUAUCUGAAUAUCUCGUGCCUUGCAUACAUGUGUUAAUAACUACGUAAUAGAAGCAAGAUAUAUAAUGUAAUGGCGUGCGCGUUUUAGCGCACCGUUGGUUGGCCGAGCAGGUUUAGCCAAUCAGCAACGUGUAUUCAUGAUAAGCUGCAAAGAUAGAUCAAUGAAUGUAUAAAUAGGCGCCAUUUGCGGUGUUUGGAAUCAGAGAAAGAGAGACAGAGGAGGAAAUAGACAGGCAUCCCUAGGUAGAGACAAAAAUAUCACCAGUUCAAGCUUGAAGACUACUCGAGUUACCUUAAAGAACAACAGAACUCACACUCAAAGAGGUCUUAACUUUCGAUCAGUUUAGAAUUUGUAUUUCUUUCUCACGUCAAGUUUAGGCAGAGCAACGUAACAACAAAAUCUUGUGUUUGUCAUGGUAGACAUUUAGAAUGCUGCAAAACGAAGUUUUAGGCAUAUAAAUUAUUUUCAUCAUCUUCGAGAUGUUUUAUACUAUUUGAUAGUAUAAAACUAUCGCAGAGACCAAAAGACAUUCAUUCUUAUUCUAAAGUUCAUGGCUUUUAAGUCAACAAUCGUGUAAUUGCCUGGAAGCAUAAAGAAAAAAUUGUUUGCCUUCCAAAGACAUUCACAAUCUGACAACAAUGGCAUACUUCCUGCGUAGUAUGAUCUUCAAUGUAAUCAUUACUAGCGUUUUGUUGGCUCUUUUCAUCGGUACAGUGCCCUCUCAAACAGCCAAUGCAUACGACGAGGUCAAACAGUGGCACAAUGAACUGUUAGAUGACCCAGACACCACAUACCAGCACAUCGAAUCCGCAGGUAAGAACGACGAGAAGAGAAAUGCCUUUAACGAUAAGCUUCGUGGAUUGCGUCGACUGAGCAGGAUCAUCGACUCUCUCGGUUUUGAAAGCGAUAUCCGCCCCGCCAAGAAAAGCCCCGAGAUCGUUGACAAGCUUGACAAUGCAAAUGGGAAUGGUGGACGGCAGAUCGUAUCAUCGGGCCAUAUUAUCAACCAGAACUCUGGUGUUAUCGAUGACGCAAUCCCCCUCGUUGGCGAUGGUUUGAGGAACGUGGCGUCACCUCAGGAUAUGGAUGGACGACAGACACCCAGUGAUCAACAAGAAGGAUGGAAGCUAAAGUCUCGGGUAACUACCAACGCAGACGAACCGAAGGAGACAGGUGUGCCGAAGAGGAGUGCGUUGGGACUUGAAGCAUUCAGGCAGAAGAGCAGAGAAAGCAGGAGAAGGUGGGGUGGCAAGGCAUCUCGUCCGCAACCAUUCCGUAUUGGGCUGUUUGGGAAGAGAGAUGCCGCAGAAACUCUCGGAAUGAUUAACACGAGCGAUCUCGCCGAUAUCAUUGCUGAAAUGCUUAACGGCGAUCCUAACAAGAGCCAGACCGACUGAAAAGAUUUGAAGAUAAGAUGAGAUAUGGAAUGCAUCGUCAGUAUCCAUGGAGACCAGUGUACAUUGCUGCAUGUUGGUAUCCAUGCUUUAACUCAAUGGGACACUGUGGACAUGUUGACUCCAUGCUUACUGAGUAAUGUUAGUGUUAAUCACAGCAUAAACACUGUACAUAUGUUUAUCGUAAUUUAGAAAUUUGUCAGUAAAGUUAAUUUUGAGCGAUAAAUAUAUCCUAAUACAAAAUGAUAUUGCUUAUUGACUGCCUAAAGGCUACAUUCAAUGAGAUGAUGAUUAAAUGUAAAGAUAUCACUGUGAUUAAAAGUAGUACCCGUAGCCGCAUAAUAGCACAUUUAUUGUUGUAUACAGCUUUGGCGUUAACCCUUACUGUACUGGGCUAUU